GUUUUAAAUCCAAAUGUGUAUAAAGAUUUUGAAGGCAUUUUCGCGUUUAAAUUUCUUCGUCGAGAUGGGUCCGAAGGAGUGUUUACCUUGGAUUUGGUUUCAAAUCCCAAAGGAAACAUCAAAUUUAAUUCUAAUGUUAAACCGGAUGUAACUUUUAUUGUAAAAGACGAUGAUUACAAAGAAAUUUUAAAGGGGAUUUUAAACCCACAAAGAAUUUUAUUAUCAGGAAGAGUGAAGAUUGAAGGUGAUGUUGGAGUCGCUUUAAGAAUGGGGUAUUUUCAGCCCGACCUUUGGGAAAAAUUAGAGGAAUUCGCAUCGAAAUUGUGACGGGAAAUAUUAUAAAUUAAAUUUUAUCGUUUCGUUUUAAUGUUUUCCUGUAAUUAAAACGAUGUUUAUAAAAGCCCUGUUUUAAUUAAAAUCGUUCAGUUUAAAUGUUUAUUGGAUUUCAAAAUAAAAUGAAAACAUUUUUUGUUAUAAUUUUUUUAUUUUCUUUAAUCAUCACGAUGGAAACUUUAAAUCUGUUUCGAAAAAAAGUUGUAAAACUGGAUAAACUCCAAAAUUGCCAAAAAUAUCCAAACGCCCCAAUAAAAUUUACGGAAAAUCACCUCCAAAAACAAAAGAAAAUUUACGUUUUAUCAACAAAAAUCGUAGUGAAACAAACCAUCCCGGCAGACCUAAAAGUAGAUUUAACACUCACGAGAUGUAACACAAAAGAUUCUCCAGAUACUUGCGAAAAUUAUCAAAAAAUAACAAUAAAGAAAAUGUGUGAUUUAAUUCCAGCAAAAAAUAAACCUUGGACACCAUUCAUGGAUAUUAUGACCCCACAAAUGAGUUGUCCGAUUAAAAAGGGAAUUUAUAUAGUCAAAAAUGCAACUUUUGAUGGUGACGCAUUUUCCACACUUCCCAUCGAUGGUUAUUAUUGGAAGGUUGAAGCUAACGUUAAAGAAGGGGUCCAUAAAAGCACAGUUUUGUGUUUAAAUUUGGAAGGACAAAUUGUACCCGUUUAAUACUUGAUAAAAACGUUUAAAAAAACAAAACGAAACAAUAUCACGUCUAUUUUUCAUAAACAAAUACGGAAUUAAAUGAACACAAAAUUUCAAUUCAAUUGAAAUUUGCAAUAAGUGUACCGUGUAUUUAUUUUGAUUUAAUGGAAUA